AUGGAUAUUAUAAAUAAAUACAUAGGAAACUUUCAAACACUGGAUUCAACAGAGUUUUAUUUUGUCAAAGGCAUAUCAAGCCUACUCACUUUGGUGGACUUUUUUGAGAAAGUCAUCAAAGCAGUGGAAGAGGUCAGAAUAGAAUGUGGUGCCUUUCUUGACCUGACCAAAGCAGUCAACACUAUUCCCCAUUCUGGCAUUGUCAGCAAAGUCAUGAAACUAGAAGAAACCUCCUAUGUCAAUUGUGGGAUAGCCAACUGGAGAAUAAACAGAAUGCAGGAGUCAAGAUGGGGCCUCUACCUUCAUAAAAAGCUUUUCCAUUACAUAAUGAGAGUCAACUUUACAAACAGUGGUGGACAAGUGGUAGCUUUUGAUCAGAAUGGAGAUGUCCCUGCUUUGUUUGACAUCCUAAACUGGCAGCUGACUGUAGAUGGCAUCAUGGAGUGCAAAAAAGUUGGCAUGUAUAAUCCCAGUGCACAGGGAGGAGAGGAAUUUAUCAUCAAUGACAAUGUUAUCUUGUGGAGUGGUGGUCAUUUACAGACCCCUCGCUCAGUGUGUAGUGAACCUUGUUCCUUAGGAUACAGAAAAGUUUCUCGCCAAGGGGAAGCAGUUUGUUGUUUUGACUGUGCUCUAUGUCCAGAAGGAGAAAUUUCUAACAGAAGUGGUAGCAGUGAGUGCAUUAAGUGUCCACAGGAUUACUGGACUAAUACAAGAAGGGAUGCCUGCAUUCCAAAGGACAUUGAGUUCCUUUCAUAUAAUGGAUACUUGGGUAUCAUCAUGGCUACUGUAACUGCACUCUUCUGUCUGUCUGUGGUCGCAGUGUUGUGCAUUUUUCUAAUUCAUCAUGAUACACCGAUUGUCAAAGCCAACAACCGUGAUGUGAGCUACAUACUUCUUGUGACUCUAAUGUUUUGCUUUCUCAGUGCCCUGCUGUUUAUUGGUUAUCCAAGAAAUAUGACUUGUGUUUUACGUCAGGCUGCUUUUGGUAUAUUAUUUUCCAUCUCUGUCUCCUCUGUAUUAGCAAAAACUGUUAUAGUUGUUCUUGCCUUUAAUGCCACCAGACCAGGAAGCAUACUAAAUAUAUUUGUUGGCCCCAAAACACCUUUUUAUAUCAUGUUUUGUUGUUCAGUGCUGCAGGUUAUUAUAUGUGCAGUGUGGCUGGCUACUUCUUCUCCCUUUCUGGAAUACAGCAAGAACAUUCCAGAGAAGAUCAUAGUGCAAUGCAAUGAAGGCUCAGUAAUGAUGUUCUACUGCAUGCUGGGAUAUCUGGGCUUUCUAGCCAGUGUGAGCUUCAUAGUUGCCUUCUUGGCCCGGAAUCUACCUGACAGGUUUAAUGAGGCUAAAUAUAUCACAUUUAGCAUGAUUAUUUUUAUAAGUGUUUGGCUGUCAUUUAUACCAGCUUAUCUGAGUACUUCAGGUAAGUACAUGGUUGCUGUGGAGGUAUUUGCCAUCAUUUCUUCAAGUGCUGGACUUCUGAUAUGUAUCUUUUUUCCCAAAUGCUUUAUUAUGCUGCUAAAUAUCAAUUUAAAUACAAGGCAAAUUCUAACAGGAAGGUAG